AGUUUUGAAAUAUUUAAAUUUAAGAUGAGGACUAAGAUAGCCUGUAAUUUCCAGAUCCCUCCUCCAAGUGAUGAGACCUUGACCAAUACGAUCUAUUCAGUCUGCUAUAGCCCAGAUGGCAGGAAUAUACUUGUAGCUGUGGGAGAUCGAAUCUUUUUCUAUAACGCAAACACGCUUGAAUACGAAGAUUCUAUUAGAGGGCAUAAGGGUGAAGUUUACUGUGUUGCUUUCUCUAAAGAUGGACUCAGAUUUGCCUCUGGAAGUGCUGAUAAAACUGUGGUAAUCUGGUCAAUAUCUAAAGAAGGUCUCCUAAAGUACAAUCAUAAAGAUCCAAUCCAGUUUUUAGCAUAUAAUCCUGUGCUGAAUAGCCUUGUAUCGGUAACAGACCGAGAUUUCGGAUUAUGGACUCUUGAUCAAAGUAAUGUAGUGAAGCAUGAUUUGCCAGCUAAAGGUCUAUGUGCAGACUGGUCUCCAGAUGGCCAACUUCUAGCAAUUGGAUGAUAUAAUGGAAGCGUUCUGCUCAGAGAUAAGAAUGGAGGGAAACUAGCUGAGCUGAUGAAGACAGUUUCACCAAUAUGGACUGUUCAAUUCUGUCCAAAGAAAUUCGAUACAACAGAUAAUACACUUGCUAUUGGCUCAUGGGAUGAGAAACUGUCUAUUUAUAGUAUAGCAGGAGGAAAGUCCUUCAACCAGAUUGGACUUGAUAAGAAACUUGGAUUUGACCCUCUAAGUAUCUCGUAUUUCUCAGGUGGACAUUACAUGGUGAUUGGUGGCACCAAUAAAAAGUUAACCCUUUGGAACAAAGAUGGAGUUAAGCUUGGAGAAAUAGGAGAAAUGAACGAUUGGAUUUUCUCAUGCUCAGUCCAAGCAGAGACUAACAAAGUUCUUGGAAGUACCAAUGGAGGAGAACUUAGUAUCUAUGAUGUUGAAUUCAAGACUGUUCAUGGAUUUUACAAUGAAAGAUAUGCCUAUAGGGACCUGAUGACUGAUGUUAUUAUCCAACACUUAGUGUCAGAAACGAGAGUUAAGAUCAGAUGUAGAGACUACAUCAGAAGAAUCUCUAUUUAUAAAGAUAGAUUAGCUGUGCAAUUGCCUGAAAAAUUGAUCAUCUAUAGUGUGAAUGCUGCUGACCCUCUUGAUAUGAAGUAUAAGGCAUAUAAAAAGAUCUCCAAGAAGCUUGAGUGCGAAGAUCUUCUAGUUCUUGCUCACCAUAUCAUUCUUUACAAUGGGAACAAACUUCAGCUUCUCAGCUUUAACGGAGUGAUAGAGCAAGAAUGGAUCAUGGACUCAGAAAUAAAGUAUGCCAAGGUAAUUGGAGGCCCUCCAAAGAAGGAAGGACUUGUUGUGGGGCUAAAAGAUGGAAGUAUUUUCAAAGUCUUUGUUGAUAAUGCUUUUCCAAUCUUGCUAAUAAAGCAAUCUACAGCUAUCAAGUCAGUUGAUAUUAAUGCUAGCAGGGAGAAAGUUGCUGUUGUAGAUGAAUUCAACAAUUUGUUUAUUUACGAUAUUCUCUCUAAGAAGUUACUACAUCAAGAGACAAAUGUAGAGUCAGUCUCAUGGAAUCUCGAAAUGGAUGAGAUGCUUUCUUACACAGGAAAUGGACAACUCUAUAUCAAGACUGGUGAUCUUCCUCCAUCAAGCCAGAGAAUGAUAGGAGAGAUAGUGGGAUUUAAAGGCUCCAAAAUUUUCACUCUAUUCGAUGGCUCAAUGACAGCUAUUGAUGUACCCCAAUCAGGGACUUUUUACCAAUACCUUCAAAAAGAUUUCAAGAUGGCUUACAAGAUUGCUUGAUUAGGAGUAACAGAGCAGGACUGGAGAUCCUUAGGAAUAGAAGCUCUGAAAGGCAAUGACUUUGAAAUGUCAAAGAGAGCAUUCUCCAGGAUCAGAGACCUUAAGUUCCUUGAUUUAUGAGAUCGAUCUGAAAAUGCAGAUCGAAGGAAACAGCUGAACAAGAUAGAGCUGGAAGGUGAAAUAAUGUGCUAUCUUGGAAAAUUCAAAGAAGCUGCUAUGCUCCUUUGAAAGAAUAAACUUGUCAAAAAGGCAAUUGAGAUGUACACUAUGCUGAGAAAGUUUAAAGAAGCAACAACUCUUGCCCAGAAAUAUGGACAAGGAGAGAUCAUGGAUAAUGAAAUGACUAUAAUUCGUGCAAAAGAUGAAGAAGAAAAUGGAAAUUGGAAGGAAGCAGCUAACCUAUACAUAAAAUGUAAAAAGUUUAAAGAAGCUAUUGAUGUGUAUGGGAAUAAAGGAGUACUAGACUCUAUCCUAAACAUUCUGAAAAUCCUAGAUAAAGAUAAGCAUAACCAAGAAAUCCUUCUAUGUUCAAAGUACUUUAAAGAAAAUCAUAAUCAUACUUAUGCCAAACAAGCAUUGUUGAAGCUAGGAGAUAUCAAAGGUUUGAUGGCACUUCAUAUCGAGUUCCAUCAGUGGGAUGAAGCAUUGAAUCAACUCAAGACACAUCCCCAAUAUGCUGACAAGGUAUACCUCCCUUAUGCCGAUUGGUUAGCUGCGAACGAUCGGUUCGAAGAGGCCCAAGCUGCUUAUAAGAAGGCCAAGAAGCCUGAACUUGCUUUAAGAAUCAUCGAGUUCCUGACAAAGAACGCAGUAAUGGAGAGAAGGUUUAAAGAUGCUGCUAAAUAUCUUUUUAUCUUAGCAUGAGAAUAUUUGAGGCUCGUCGAAGAUGCUGUACAUCCAUCGCCUCAAGAUAUAAAGAAUAUCAAAAGAUUCGAAGAGAAUUCCAGCAAAGCUGAAAUAUAUUAUGCUUACGAACAUGUCCAUAGACUAAUAGAGGACCCAUUCUAUAGUAAGGUUCAUGGAUCUUUGAUCAAUGAGACAAUUUUUAACUCUUCCAGAUUUUUGGUAAACACUAUGAGUAGCAAAAGCUUACCCGGGAUCAAUAAAAUGAACAUUUACUAUGGACUUAGUCACAUGGGAUCCAAAUUUGAAGCAUUCAGAACUGCUAGAUUUGGGUAUGAAAAGUUACAAUCUUUAAAGAUAUCUCCUGAAUGGCAAGAACAGAUUGAUCUAGCUGCCUUAAAAAUUAGAUGUAAACCAUUCUCUGAUAAAGAGCAAUACCAACCGAUAUGUAACAGAUGCAUGAAUGCUAAUGCUUUGGUAAACCAAACUGGAGAUCAUUGUUCAGCUUGCGGACACCCAUUUGUGAGGAAUUUUGUGGGAUUUGAUACUCUUCCUUUGGUAGAAUUUAUGCCAGAAUCUAGAAUUCCACUCUCAAAUGCUAUUGAAUUGCUGAAAGAAGAGCCAGACGAGACUAUUUCUUCACCAAGUUCUAGACCCUCUCAGAGGACAAAACCUGAGUCUGAUGGCUGGAAGGAAAAUAUUUACAGCGAGGAACAAACUCUAACAUUCAACCAACAGAAUAACCAGGAUGAGAAUGAUCUGUUCACUCAAAGAAUGCUUGAAUGGCUUGAAACACAAGUCACUGCUGAUUCCUAUAGACCUGUAGAAGUAAAUGAAGAGAUUCUGAGAUCACUCAGAUUCUCUGAGGUCUUCAUGGUCGAUCUCAGACAUAUUUGCAAAAGUUACCCAGUCAGGUUCUUCAGGAAUGUAAUUCCUGAAAUUUCAAUUGGGUUAUGUGAGAAUUCAGGUAAAUUCUACCUUCAAGAUGAGUACGAGUUUGCUAACGUUGAAGGCAACGAAUGGCCAUUUUCAAAAAUAGGAAUUUAAAUCUCACAAGAUUCAAUAUUGAUUCAAACUCUA